AGCAACUCUGGGGAAAGAGAGCGCUGUCCCGCAGUCAGCAGGCCACCAGCUCACCCAGCGCGCACCGGGGCUUCUGCUAGCAUGCGGGCGCUGCGGCCCGCGCUUCUCCUGCUGCUGUCCGUGCCUCUGGUACAGCCAGCACCUCCCGCUCAGCAGGGCCCACGCGUCACCUAUCACUAUGGGGCAGACCAUCCUGAAGAAACCUUGUUUAGUCAAGACUCUGAGGAUAAAUCUCUGGAUGGAAAAAGUAUUAAGGAAAAAGAAACUACGAUAAUACCCGAUGAGAGAAGUGUUCAAUUACAAAAAGAUGAGAGUGUAACACCAUCACCCCCCAAAAAAGAAAGUGAUGAAAUGCCCACGUGCCUUUUGUGUGUGUGUUUAAGCGGCUCUGUGUACUGUGAAGAGGUUGACAUUGAUGCUGUACCACCCUUGCCAAAGGAAUCAAGCUAUCUGUAUGCACGAUUCAACAAGAUUAAGAAGCUGACAGCAAAAGAUUUUGCAGAUAUACCUAACUUAAGACGACUUGAUUUUACGGGAAAUUUGAUUGAAGAUAUAGAAGACGGUACUUUUUCAAAACUUUCUCUGUUAGAAGAACUUACACUUGCUGAAAAUCAACUCCUGAAACUUCCAGUUCUUCCUCCCAAGCUUACUUUAUUUAAUGCAAAAUACAACAAAAUCAAGAGUAGAGGAAUCAAAGCAAAUACAUUCAAAAGACUGAACAACCUCUCCUUCCUGUACUUGGACCACAACGCCCUGGAAUCUGUGCCUCUUAAUUUACCAGAAAGUCUACGUGUGAUUCAUCUUCAGUUUAACAACAUAACUUCAAUCACAGAUGAUACAUUCUGCAAGGCUAAUGACACUCGUUACAUUCGGGACCGCAUUGAAGAGAUACGCCUGGAGGGCAACCCCAUCAUCCUGGGAAAGCAUCCCAACAGUUUUAUCUGCCUGAAAAGAUUGCCUGUAGGGUCAUACUUUUAACCACUAUCAAUGCAGCAUAUAAGCUAAAGUACACACAUGCAUAUAAUCUGUCUCAACAAUGCCUAAAGGAGCAUAAAUAUUUAACAUUAACUUUGUGUCUCAUGAUGAAGGAAUUUUAUGUUUUAAACAAAGAUGUUCACAAAUCUUACACAUAAGUAGCAAAAUGUAAAACUGAAUCCUGAAGUUCAAAACAAAGUCAUGUGAAAAUAUUUAAGCAGCAUUACAAAAUCAUAGUAGUUUAUACAAUGGUGACAUUUAAAAGGUAUGUUUUUAUAUAAAUGCCCCAAUUUACAAGCACUAUUUCCAUUACUAAUGAUGGGAAAGGAGAAGUCCAAGAAACUUUCAACUGCUGGUCUUUCCCAGCCUUUACUGGAUCCCUAAAGCACUUAAGGAAGAUGUUUCAGAAACUUUGAAAAGCUGCUAGUGAUCUCCCAUUUUUCUUUUACAAUUCACACAUUUUUUCAUUAUGAACUAGGAACUUGUUUUCUUUCCAUUAAGACAGUUAUUAUAUGUUUACUUAGCCUGAGAAAUAGUGUACAGUCUCAUAUCUAGGCAAAACUUUUCAAAUAAAGCCUAAUUUCACUCUCUGAUAAAGAC